CUCUCUGUUUCUGAUUUUCAAUUGAAUCACUUUACGAAGGAAUGGUAUAAUACAACAACAGAUAAAACAUGGCUUCGUCGCUAGCCGGUCGGUGUAUCGCCCGUUCUGCCCGUCGCCACUCGAGCGUCAAGGUUUCCAAUGUAAGAUGGAGCAGCUCUAUCUCGCAGCGACCUGGGUCGGAUCAUGUACGAUUUCCUGGUGCUGUCAACAAUAAAUUUACCUCCGAUAUGUCGUUCUCCCGACCGUCGACUCUCCCUGCAAUGGCUACAUACCGCGUGAUGGAUUCAGAUGGCGUUAUUGUGGACAAAGCACACGAACCGACAGAUGUCUCCAACGAGGAGAUUCUGACAUGGUAUAAGAACAUGUUAACAGUCAACAUCAUGGAUAUCAUUAUGUUUGAGGCUCAGCGGCAAGGUCGCCUAAGCUUUUAUAUGGUUUCCGCUGGUGAGGAAGGCAUCGCUGUCGGGUCUGCUUCUGCAUUAACUGAGCACGACGUAAUAUACUGUCAAUAUCGAGAAGCAGGAGUAUUCCAACAGCGUGGAUUCACACUCAAGCAGUUUAUGAGUCAGCUAUUUUCCAAUAAAAACGACUCUGGCCACGGGCGAAAUAUGCCUGUGCAUUACGGCCUUCAACACCCUCGAAUCUUCACAAUUUCUUCUCCAUUAGCAACACAAAUCCCACAAGCAACUGGAUCUGCAUAUGCCCUAAAAGUCCAGGCUCUCCAAAAUCCAAAUCAUCCAUCUCGCGUCGUUGCCUGCUACUUUGGCGAAGGUGCAGCUAGUGAAGGCGACUUUCAUGCCGCGUUAAAUAUGGCGGCAACCCGAUCUUGCCCUAUUGUGUUUGUCUGCCGAAAUAACGGGUUUGCAAUUUCCACGCCAACUCUGGAGCAAUACCGUGGCGAUGGUAUCGCUAGUCGAGGUGUUGGGUAUGGUAUCGAUACAAUCCGCGUAGACGGAAAUGAUAUUUUUGCUAUGCGUGAGGCUACCAAGGAAGCCCGACGCAUGGCUCUUAAAGAUGGGGGUCGCCCUGUUCUUAUUGAGGCUAUGAGCUACCGAGUGUCACAUCAUAGUACUAGCGAUGACAGUUUCGCGUACCGCGCCAGGGUUGAAGUAGAGGACUGGAAACGUCGCGACAACCCCAUCAUCCGUCUCCGCAAAUGGCUCGAAAAUAAAGGCCUGUGGAACGAAGAACUAGAGCAACAGACACGGAAGGAUCUCCGUGCAGAUAUCUUGAAGGAAUUCAAUGCAGCCGAACGCGAGAAGAAGCCUGCUUUGAAGGAAAUGUUUACAGAUGUUUAUGAAACCUUGACAGAAGAGCAAGAAGCUCAACGCGAAGAACUAAGGAAGCACCUGCAGAAAUAUCCAGAAGAAUAUAACUUGAACAGCCAUGAUGGUGGUAUCAAGGGGUUAUAGAUAUGAAUGACUUCAUUGUUUCUUUAGACGGGCGGAUCGAUUCAAAUUUCAAUGUUAUGAAUACCUGCUUUUCGUGGUCUUGAACGUUAAUCAUGAUAUGUACAUGAAAGAACCAGAGUUAGUUUUACAUAUAGAACAGCAGGCAUCAAUACAAUGUGGACACUUUCUGA